CGGCGGUGGCGGAUGUGACGUCAUCUGUGGGUUCUCCGAUAGUGGCCUCAUGGCCGAUGGCGGCGGACCCAUUGUGGGGAAGGUCACAAGUCAUUUGACAGUUUGAAAAUUGUGUUAACCACUGCACUAGUAUCAGCCAAACCUAAUAAUGCAAAGCCAUUCAAGAUGGCUAUUAAUGGGUGUGAUGUGGGUGUUAGUGCAAUUCCCUUACAAGAAGACGACGAGAAGAUAGAAAUACCUAUCGGUACUUUCUAGACUGUUUGGAUGGCGUUUAUUAUUGCAUCCAUACAAUUUGAAAUUUAUACAUUUGGCAGGGCGAGACGAUGCAAUUGCCAGCACGUUGUCUGGACUUGGAUGAAGAAAGGUGGAGGCAUUCGGUGGCUGGAGUAAACGAAAUGAAAUGGAAUUUAAUCUGGUGGCGAUUGUGAUCCUAUAUCAAGGAAACUGUGGCCUCUCCAAAUGCAUUACCUGUUACCUGAUGGCAAUGUCAGCAGCAGAUUUACUACUUGUCAUCAUUAAUAUCAUACUGAAUCGAAUUAAUAACAUUUAUUUUCCGCUCACUUUCUUGUUCAUCACUCCUGUAUGCGCUGUGAGGGCUGUCUUGUUACUUGCAGCUCUUGACUGCUCUGUUUGGUUCACAGUAGCUUUCACAUUUGAUCGGUUUGUAGCCAUUUGUUGCCAGAAGCUAAAACCAAGAUAUUGUACCGAGAAAACUGCAACUGUGGUGAUAGUAAUUGUGGCAGUCAUCAGCUGUUUGAGGUCUACUGUCUGGUACUUUUUAUUUGUUCCAUCAAUUAUCAUUGACAACGUCCCAUGGUUUUGCAUUCAAGGACCAGACUAUUAUACCUCACCGUUAUGGGCAGCAUAUGAGUGGAUUGACAGUAUUCUAACACCGCUACUUCCUAUUUUCUUGAUUUUGGUGUUCAAUGGUCUAACUGUCAGGAAUAUUAUAAAAGCCAAUCGACUCCGAAGAGGAUUCCGGUGUCAUGGAAGUGGACAGGAUAAUAUUGAUCCAGAGAUGGAGAAUCGAAGGAAAUCAAUUAUUUUACUCUUUGCCUUGUCUGCUAAUUUUAUACUUUUAUGGAUGACAUAUGUUACACAUUCGUUAAACUGGCAAGUCAUCAAUUAUAAUUAUUUGGACAAAACCAUUAGUGGUCCAGUAUAUGUUGCUCAGCAAUUUGGAUUCAUGCUCCGUCUUUUGAGCUCGUGCACCAACACCUGCAUUUAUGCACUAACACAGACAAAAUUCAGAGAGGAGCUAAAGAAUGGUAUAAAAUAUCCGUUUACUCUCAUUGUUACAUUGUUUAAAUAAAAACACAGAAUUAACCUGCGGUGGGAAUUGCACUUCAAGAACUGCACAAUACUUUCAGUUCAUAAUUGAUCCUAUGAAAUCACUGCAAAACUUCUGCAAUACAGUGUGCUCUUCAAUACUUUGACCAACAUGUGUCUUCAGUCAUUUUGAAUCCGAUCUGUUUUCAUUCCCUGAACAUCUUCUCUACUUCCUGCAACAUUCCAUAAGACUCUUCACCUUCAACUCACAUUUGUGUUAUGCAGUUCGUGAUCGUGACCAAAGUUUAUUGCUUUGACUUUUCUUUGGUUAUCUUUUCAUGAAGAGUUACCUGAGCUUUCCUUUCAGUCUUAAAGCAGGACUUUGUUACUUUAUCCUAGACUUGAAAAUGUUUACAAUACCAAUGGUUGAGACUUCAUUCUUCUCAAUAUAUUUCAAAUG